ACAGAGGAAACAAUGAGCUCAACACAGAAGGACCAACAUGGAGCGAGAAGUCAGCAUUCUCAGGAGGCCGACAAACCUCACAGAAGAAAGGGAGAGAAAACAUACACCUGUGACGAGUGUGGGAAGUAUUUUAGGCACAAUGGAAGCUUAAAAAGACACCAGCUCAUUCACAGUGGAAUUAAAGCGCAUACUUGUGAUAAGUGUGGGAAGAAUUUUGCUUUGAAGGAUAAACUAAAGCAGCAUCAGGUCAUCCACACUGGAGUUAAAGCGUACAGCUGUGACUUGUGUGGAAAGUCUUUUUCCUGGGAGAAUGGCCUAAAAAAACACCAGGUCAUCCACAGUGGAGUUAAAGCGUACAGUUGUGAUCAGUGUGGCAGAGCUUUUACUCAAAGUAGCAGCUUACAGAGGCAUCUGGUUACCCACUCUGGAAUUAAGGCAUACAGCUGUGAUAUUUGUGGAAAAACCUUCAGCCACAUAGGGAGCAGAAAUUUACACCUGCGCAUUCACACCAGACAUGAUGUGUACUGCUGUGAACAGUGUGGCAAACACUUUGCUAAACACACAGACUUACAACGCCACAUGUUUACCCACACUGAGGAGAGACCUUAUAAAUGUGACCUGUGUGAGAAGACUUUUAAAUCUCCACAUGACCUGAGACAACACCAACAGAUCCACACCAGAAAGAGACUCUACAGGUGCAGUUACUGUGAGAAGCAGAGGGACACAGAUGGAUCCAGUUCUCAACCCUGUCAUCACUGUGGGAAAGAGUUUUGUUGUGACCUUUGUGAAAAAACUUUCAGUCGAAGAUACGCCCUAAAAAGACAUCAACGUAGACACACUGGAGACAAACUGAAAUACUGCAAAGAAUGUGGGAGAAGCUUCCCUACAUCACAUCACUUAAAAGAACAUGAACUCAUUCACAGUGGGGUUAAAAAGCAUCUCUGUGAUCAGUGUGGGUCAUCCUUCAUUACUGCAGGUCAGCUUAAUAAACACAAACGAGUCCACACAGGAGAGAAACCAUACAAGUGCAGACACUGUGACAAAAGUUUCACACAUUCAGGUAAUCGUAAGAAUCAUGAACGUACACACAUGGAAGGAAACUACAGCUGUGACCAGUGUGACAAGAGCUUCAGGAAUUUCAGAUUAUACUCCGAACACAAACGAUCCCACAUUACUAAUAAACUGUUUCACUGUUACCAAUGUGCCAAAACAUUUACUAAAUUAUCUGCUCUGUGCAAACAUCAGCGUGAUCACUCAGGGCUGAAAUCACUCCCAUCACUGGAUCACAGUGAAUCUGAAGAGACAGAAAGAUCUUCUUCUGGUUUGAGGGUCAAACUUAAAACCCUUGAGAUCAGGCUCCACAGAGUUCAGAUGUAAAAAUCUGAUGAGACAGCUGUGAACGAAAAUGUUCCUGUAGUAACAUUUUAACCCUCAGGGGGCAUAGAAGUAACUACUAAUGUAACUCAGUUACUUCAAGUUACUCGUUACUUUCAACGUAACUAUUUACUAGGGAAAGUAACUUUGGUUUUACUCCGAAUUCUCUUGUUAAUGUGUUGCUUCCAUAACUGGACACCCAGCAAGAUUGCAAGUCUUCUUGCUUGCUUACUUGCCACAAGUGCACUUUGCCACCUACCAAUAGAAAAUAAAAAAUAACGUGCAUAUCUCCCCGAGGGAAAUCCCACACAUUUUAAAUGAGAAUAAGAAAGAAAAGGAGAGGGAGGGGGAGAGAAUGAGAGAAGAAGAGGCAGCUGACAGCAAAGACACAGAUGCUAAAGUACAGGACCAAUCGGAUUCAUUUUCACCUCAAUACAAAUUGUGUAAUAUUUUCUUCGAAUACCAUUUUUUAGGGGACGUUUCUCAACUCUAAUAAUUAACCUUAUGAACAAAAUAAAGUUUUUCUUAAACUCUCUUGGAAAUCUGCCAGACAAUAAACAUACAGGGUAUUGGCUUCAUCUGUCAAAAUAUUUAGAUCACCAGCAGUCAGUAUUAGCGAUUAAUCAUUCAGUGUUUUUCAUGUCCUUGUUGUCAACAACACUACCAGUUUUUAAAUUGUGUUGACGGGCCAUGUAAAAACCAAAUUUAUGAUUAAAAAAAUACUACUUUUUUUUUUUUUUUUUUUUUAAAUAAAACAGCAUUGUAUUUAGAGCACGAAGGAAGGGUAUAAGCGGCAUUUUCUAAGGAAGGCACUAGCAAACACUCUCCACUUGCGGGCAAAAAAAUACAUAAAUAAAAAAAUCCACCCCUUUCCUAUUUGUGUUAAAGUGUACCACGUCAAUCAAUAAAAGAUUAUAUGGCAACAUAUGGAAUUUGGUUGUUUAGGAAGAUGGGGAAGGUUUAGGAGUGACACCAGUGAGAUAGAGAAAGUGAGCAAAAGAAAUACAACAAGUUUUGAGAUGUGAGACAUUAGUGACGGUUACCGUGUUUGCAGUGUUCAGUUGGUGUGUAGUGUAGUCCAUGGUUUGUUUUGUGUGUCAGAAGAAUGAGGCAACUGCUGAAUGCAAAAAAGCCACCAAUGGCAGUGUUGUGGAUUUUUUUAUGACAUAUAUAGCUGUAUACACUGGACUUACACUGACAUGUAUACACUAUUGUUACAUUGAAAUUGUUAAAUGUUGUCAUUGUUUUACUUACAUUUGUAAACCUUGUCUUAACCUUUAUGUUUAGAGACAAGAGUUAAUUAAACUUACUGAGUGUGCACCUGG